ACGACCGUCUCUCCAGGAAGGAACUUGCUAUAUUCGACGACAACUUUCAAAACAACAUUUCGUGAAUGAUAUUAAUUUACUCGUGGUUUAAGUUAAGCUGAUGAUGAAAGCAGCAGUUGUUGAGUUAAAUGAAGGUCGUGAACCUAGAUGUGAUUUGAUGAUGUUAGAGGGUGUGAGACGUAGAGAGUUUCCCCGAAGAGGUAGACAAGCUGUGGUGGGUGUGACAAUGGAGCUCAUCUUGGUGGUGUUCCUCUUAGGCGCCACCUCAGCUCAGCAGCCAGAAGGGCCGCCAGUCAUCAAGGAACACCCCAAUAACAUGGUGGUUCGCCGUAACGACCCCACCACCCUCAACUGUGCCGCCUCAGGGGCCGCCCGCGUCAGGUGGUUCCGUGACGGCCAGGAGGUGGUCACGUUGACACAAGAUCCUCGCUCCCACCGUGUUCUCCUGCCCUCUGGUUCCCUCUUCUUCCUCCGUGUCACCUCCUCCGGGAGGGACAGUGACACGGGCACGUACUGGUGCGUGGCCUCCAACAGCUACGGUGCUACACGCUCCAACAACGCCACACUGACCGUGGCCACGCUGGCCUACGACUUCCAGAGCCAGGCGGAGUCGACGAUGAGGGCCCGCGUCGGUGACUCCCUCACCCUGCCCUGCCGGCCACCCAAGGCCACCCCGGCCCCGGAGCUGACCUGGCUGAGGGACGGCCGCCAGGUGACCAACUCCUCCCGCGUCAGCGUCACUGAGGAGGGAGACCUGGUCAUCAGUCAGGCCGUCCAGGAAGACUCUGCCACCUACGUGUGUCGCGCCCGCAACGCCGCCGGCACCAGGGAGUCCCAGCCCACCGAACUCACCGUCAUGACUCCGCCCUGGUUCGAGGAGCGACCAGUGAACGUCACAGCCUCGUCAGGGAUGAGGGUAGAACUGUCGUGUCGGGCGCGGGGCUCGCCCAUGCCCAUGAUCACCUGGCGGAGGCUGGAAGGCGAGUUACCGCCGGAUCGUGCCAGAACAGAGGACGAGCGCUUGGUGCUGCAGCAGGUAGCGACUGAUGACUCCGGCGUGUACCUGUGUGAGGCGCAGAGCAAGGCAGGCAUCGCUGCAGCGCGAGCCACCCUCACCGUUGUCGAUGCUCCUGAGCUGACACGGCGUCCACAGCUCCUGCAGGUGGUGGCUGGAAGCACGGCGGAGGUUCCGUGUCGCAUUAAAGGUGAACCUCAGCCGCUGGUGUUGUGGCGCCUCCCCAGCCUGGACAGAAGUGGCCUUCUCGCCCCCGGGCAGAUAAGUGGCCACGCUACCGUGUCUGACGAUGGCCACACCCUCCUGCUGAAACAUGUAACCACACGAGACAGUGGCAUCUACUACUGCUGGGGCGUCAGUACUGGCGGGGGCGUGAGUGGGAGGGUGGAGAUGAUGGUGGUGCCCGCUCACCCGCCGCCCGUAGUGGGUGUAGGACCCCAGGACCUGAUGGUUGCCCCCGGCAGUGUUGUCUCCUUCCCCUGUGAGGUAGUGAGCGAGGCUGCCAAGGCCACUAUCUCCUGGUGGUACCGCCCGGCCGUCCACCUGCCGGCCCGUAAACUCAAUAAAGACGCCGUUGACUCCCGCUUGUCCCUGCCAGACAACGGCGCCCUCAUCCUGAAGGACGUACGUGAAGCCGACGACGCGGGCAUCUACACCUGCAGCGUCACGGCAGACACAGGUACCGUGCAGCAGGCAGCAGUAUUGCGAGUGACUGAUUAUGCUCAGUACCAAGUACAGCCGCUGUCGCUGAGGCUGCCGGCACCACCCUCGAAGCCUCGUCUUGUGACCUUCAACAAGACGGCGGUAGAGUUAAGUUGGCUCCCCAACUCCCAGAUGAGCUCCGAGUCUGGCCAGUGGUACAGAGUGGAGUACUGGCGGCAGGGCUGGGACGAGUGGCGGGUGGCUGACGCCGUCAUCAGGCAAGAAUCAUCCAUCGUGAGUCAUCUCACUCCCGGACACACCUACACCUUCCUCGUCCGCGCCGUCAGCAUUCGAGGGGCGUCGUUCCCGAGCCCCUGGUCAGACCCGGUCACAACUCACACACCCCGAGAACCCAGCCUCACUGUGGAUCAACUCCGUCAGGCCCGUCGCCGCCUCUCCCGCGCUGUCAUAACCCUCAUUGACUCCACCAUCACCGCCCCCGACAGCGUCCUACUCACUUGGGAUUUCCUGGCCCCGACAGACGAGUCCGUGGAAGGCGUGUUGGUGUACUCGGUGGGUGAGGUGAGCACAGUGCAGGUGGCCACCCUCCUGGGCGCCACGUCCUCCUCCCACCUCCAGCACGACCUGCGACCCAACACUGCCUACACGUUCUUCGUCGUCCCCUUCUGGCACAGCAUCGAGGGCUCACCUAGUAACUCCCUCUCUCUCACCACACCUGAGGACGUGCCGGCGGCUGCGCCAGGUGAUGUGCACGUGACGGUGCGUGAGGAAGGUUCUGUACUCAUCAGGUGGUCGAGUGUGAGUCCCGAGGAGGCCCGCGGGGAGCUACUGGGCUACCAGGUAACAAUAAGUCACAAUGGCAGCCACACCACAGAGACGGUGGUGAGCCCCUGGCUGGAGGCUCGCGGCCUCCUUCCCGACCGUCUCUACACCGUGCGUGUGGCGGCCCUCACAGGGGCAGGUCCUGGACCCUUCAGCGACCCCGUCUUGUUGGAUGCUGGACCCAGCGAUGCUCACAACUUACAGGAGGUCAACACAGCUGCGGGAGGUGGUGGCUCCAUCCUUUACGCCCCACCACAGCCGGCGUGGUUGAUAUACCUGGUGAUACCGCUGGUGAUGCUGCUGGUCCUGGCCACCCUGAUGUACAUGAGGCCGCUGAGGCAUAAGGCGCCGCCCUCCAACCCGCCCCACGCCCCCGCCCUCUUCCAGGACCCGUCCAUUUACCCCGACCACCAGUCCGUCAACAUGUACAGCGAGCAGAAGGUGUGGCGGCCAACAGAUACCGACAAGGACUCAAGUCUGUCUUCAGCACGACUCCUGCCAGACCCGCUGGUGAACGAGUACGCCGAGCCUCGGGUUCAGCGUCACAACCACACCACGGCUGAACCUUAUGCCACCACGGCCCUGUUGGCUCCACCUUCACCCCGCCAGCGUCACGGCGCUCCCUGGCCACACCAGAGCGAGAACUCGGGCGUACAGGUCAACUGGGCCGCCUUCCUCCCGCCCCCACCAUCCUGCCCACCACCUCUUGACCUUGACCUGGUGGACUGUAUUGACUACAACAGAUCCCAGAGACGAGAGAAGCUUCACAUCGUCGCCUCACACUACGACAAUGUUGGCGGGUCGGAGCAUUACGAUAGGCCCCGCGACAACACCUACGACGUGUACACCCAGGUGACGCCCCUAGACUGUCAGGACGGCCUUCUCACCUUCAGUACCGUCCAGGGACGCCCCUGCCGUAAGGUCCGCACCCACUGUCGCCACCCUCGAUUUAGAGACCCAGAGAGGAGUAAUACCCGCUGACCGCCUGUGUCUGUGCGCCAGUAUCUCUCGACCACGGGGUCAUACGCUCUCUUGUAAACAAAUAGCUUUAGUUACUUAAUGUAAAUAGUCAACUUGUAAAUAUGUAAAACAUUUAUA